GGCACGGGGAGAACAUGCAAACUCCACACAGGCGGGGCCGGGGAUUGAACCCGGUCCUCAGAACUGUGAGGCUGACGCUCAAACCAGUCGUCCACCGUGCCGCCCACCUUCAAACAGUAACAGAAAACCCUAAUGUGGAAACUAUUCAUCUACAGUGUUUGCAUUGCUAAGAUUAGUCUAAAGAGAAAGUAAUGUGUUACUUUACAGCAAAUACCAAGCCAUUUGGACAGGUGUACAGUAAGUAAAGCCUUGGCUUUGAUUCAGUGGUAACAAAUGCAUGCAUGUCAGCGAGCAGAAGAAAUGGCGAACAUUUUCUAUAAAUGGAAGAAAAGAGCAUGGAAAUAUCCAAUAGACACAAAAAGAGAGUAAAGGAAGUGUCAGCUGCAAGACGAUAACUAUAUAUUUAUUCAGUAUGUUGUGGGGAGUGUCCCACGCGCAUAGCCUUCUCUUGCUCUCGGCUUGUUUCUUCCCUCAUCUUCAUUUCCUACUUACAUGAGCAUGCUAAAAAGAGUAAUAUUGGUGACAGCUGGUAGGGUAUAUGCGAGGCAGCUGGACUAAGUGUACAGUACUUACUCCUCAAGUGCUGACUAUAAGGUUAGGCAUUUUCAAAGCUCACAACAUAUUUUUGGAAGAAUUCUCUCAUUCAUUUGUUUGUUUUGAUUGUUUUUGUAUUUUUUAAAAAACAUUUCUUGAGCUGUAAUUUUCCCAAGUUGAGGAAAUUAGCUGCUGAAUGUGUGGCUGAGUAAAGAAGAAGAAGAAGCAUCUGGAGCGCCAAUAAAUCCAAGGUGGAGCGGGAGAGAGGAGAUGGCAGAGGGCAACGCGGCCAGCCACCCCCAAGUCUUUGUGGUGGACAGCCGAGCCAGCUUCUUCCCCCCGCCCAGACCUGCGAAAAAAACACGAUGGACUCUGUUUCUUCUGCUGGUGGUGACGCUUGGCGUGCUAGGACUUGUUGUCGAGGGAUGUUUUGUCUAUAAACUUUACAUGAAAACCGAGGCAUUUUCCAUCUGUGUGUCGGAUCCUCUCUGUCAAAACAUGUCCAACUCUAAAAUAUUUGCCAAGCAGGUUGGCUCAUUGAAAGGCCGAGUGGCAUCCGAAGGAGGCUCCAAUGAGGUUCACCCAGUGCCAACUCCGCUGGGACAUAAGCCCUUCGCUCACCUGAUGUGCAGUAGCAAUCCUGUCGGGGAGAAAAAUGUGGUGCAAUGGGUUGACAAAGAUGGCGACGCCAUCACCCACCAGAUGAGCUACAACAAUGGCCGCCUGUUGGUGGAGCAGGACGGUUACUACUACCUCUACUCCAAAGUGCAGAUAAAUGCUGUUGAGGUUUGUUCUCUCAUCCAGCACAAAGUGAUGAAAGACACCAUGGCAUAUGACCAAUCUAUAGAACUUAUGAAAUCAAAGAGGUCCCGCUGCUGGAUCCCAAAACCUUCAAGUGUGACGUCAUCAGGUGGGGAGGAUAUAUGGGACAGUUACCUGGCGGGGAUCUUCCACCUGGUGUCCGGAGAUAAAAUUUUUGUCACAUUAGAUAGUAUACAGACGUUGCGUCCUGGACCUACUGAAAAUUUUAUGGGAGCCUUUAUGAUAUCUCCAUAGAAAAAAACAAACAAACAACUAAUCGCACAUUUGACUCAUUGUGAUUAACUUCUUCCUUUCUUUUUGUAUGUAUUAGAAGCACUUGUGGAAAAAGCAGCAAAUGAUUGUAAUCUCGUGAAACUGUAUCUGAUAUUCAGACUACAUUAUUUGUUGCUUGAAUAAAAUACUGUCUCUUGAUUGUUCUGCAUAUUAACACAAUAUGUAAUGAAUACAACCAGACUGU